AGAACAGCCACACUUUUCCACAGCAGCUGAAGGUCAAGUUGAGGUAUAAAAGAAAGAGAGAAGCAUUCAGUCCGUGCAGGAACAUUCGGAUGCACAGCAGAUAUGCUCAGGUUUCUGGUGUUGACAAGUCUCGCAGCCGUGGUGCUGGCUGAGCUGGAGCCCCAGCCCAGGUACCUGGAGGACAACUUUGAAAGGGUUGUGGGAGGAGAGGUGGCCAGACCCAACUCCUGGCCCUGGCAGAUCUCUCUUCAGUACAAAUCUGGCAGCAACUAUUACCACACAUGUGGAGGAACACUGAUUGAGAAGGGCUGGGUUAUGACUGCUGCUCAUUGUGUGGACAGCAACAGGAUCUGGCGCGUCGCUCUUGGUGAACAUGACCUCAACGCCUACAGUGGCAGCGAGCAGAUCCUGGAAGUCAGCCGUGUUUACAUCCAUCCCAAAUGGGACUCCGAGAAAGUGUCUAAUGGGUACGACAUUGCCCUGCUGCGCCUGUCCUCUGAUGCCACCCUGAACUCCUACGUCCAGCUGGGCUCUCUGCCUCCCUCCGGGCAGGUUCUGCCCAACAACAACCUCUGCUACAUCACUGGAUGGGGACGCACCUCCACUGGUGGCAGUCUGUCCUCCCAGCUCAAGCAGGCCUAUCUUCCUGUGGUCGACUACCAGACCUGCUCCAGCAGUGGCUGGUGGGGCAGCACUGUCAAGACCACCAUGGUGUGUGCUGGUGGUGGUGCUGAGUCUGGAUGCAAUGGUGACUCUGGUGGCCCUCUGAACUGCCUGGUUAAUGGAAAAUACUAUGUCCAUGGUAUUGCCAGCUUUGUGUCCAGUUUUGGAUGCAAUUUUCCCAAGAAGCCCACUGUCUUCACCCGCGUGUCCGCCUACAUCGAAUGGAUGGACUCGAUUAUGGUGUAAGGACAGAGACCAUACUCAACCAUGUUUUCAUCCACUGCGCUUCUUCGCUCGUCUGGCCUCAAUUCACAAAAAUAAACCUGAUUGAAAUUUUG